AUGGCGUCUUACACUCCAAUCGACCCAUACAACCAAAAUGUCACGUUUCAGCACCGAACUGGCUAUCCUAUCGAAGUCUCCAUGCCAAUGGUGAAUGUCUUCAUCGCGUACAACGUUCGCGUCUGCAUCAACUAUGGGGUUCAACUUGGAGCGACACUGGUUUUGCUGGUGAUUCUUCUACUUCUGACCCAUGCCGACAAGCGACGUUCGGCUGUGUUCAUCUUGAACGGCCUGGCGCUCUUCUUCAAUGCCAUUCGCUUGCUCUUCCAAGUGAUGCAUUUCGAGACAAAAUUCGAAAGACUAUACGAGUAUUUCUCCGGUGACUACACGGCCGUGCCAUUCAGUGCAUAUGCAAUCUCCAUCACCGCCACGGUCUUCUUGACAUUGGUCAUAGUCUGUAUCGAAGCAUCGCUGGUGCUUCAGCUCAAUGUCGUUUGCUCUACGCUGCGCCGGCGAUACAGACGUCCUUUGCUAGCACUAUCUGGUCUCGUUGCCCUGGUUCCAAUCGUCUUCCGUUUCUGGAUGAUGGUUCAAAACUGCAAGCUGAUUAUCACACUCGACUACAUGGCUCCCCUUUGGUGGGUGGAAAGCGCAACCAACAUCAGCAUCACUGUCAGCAUCUGCUUCUUCUGCGUCGUCUUCGUCGUCAAGCUCGGAUUCGCCAUCAACCAACGGCGCCGACUUGGAGUCCGAGAAUUCGGUCCCAUGAAAGUCAUCUUCGUCAUGGGCUGCCAAACCAUGAUCGCCCCUGCCAUCUUCUCAAUCACCCAGUACUACAUCAUCAUUCCGGAGUUGAACUCCAACGUCGUGACCCUGGUCGUGAUUUCACUCCCUCUCUCCUCGAUCUGGGCCGGUGCUGCCCUCGAAAACUCACGGGGCCUUCGCAGUCGAGACAAGAAUAGGCGCAACUUCUGGCGCUCACUUGCCGGUGGUGCGGAUAACUCUGAGAUCCGAACUAAGGAUAGCCCAACUAGCCUCUCGUCAAUGGGUGCCGCCCAGACCCUUUGCUACUCGGAUCGUACUUCGACGACGACCAAGGGCUCACCGACCUCGCGUGACACAGACGCGUUCUACGGAAUCUCAGUGGAGCAUGACAUUUCAGUUGAUCGAGCUCAACGAAAGCAUUCAAUGGUGUAA